CCCCCCCCCCCCCCCCCUCCCCUCUCUCUCUCUCUCUCUCUCUCUCUCUCAUUCCUUUUCCUCAAUUCUCUCUCUCUCUGUAACUGUGCAAUGACGAGACUAAGCUUUCAAGCCCUUCUAAAAGUUCAUAAACUAUGCGUCCUUUCUGACCCCCAACGAACACCGAAACCCUAGCUUCCUUCCUUUGCUUCCCCACCUCCCGGCCUCCCUUAUUACCUCUCUCUCUCUCUCUCUCUCUCUCUCUCCGGAAUUACGCUAAAUUCCCCUGCGGAUUUGGAUUUCCAGCACUCCGGGGUGGAUCCUUGUUUGAGUUAUGGACGAAGGGGACAAAUCCGAUCCCGGACCUGAGUUUACCAGCAACUCGAGCUGGUCGCUCGGCCCGGACCCGGACAGCGUCUACUUCUUCGCCAACGACAGAGAAAGUAGCAUACUCGGCGAGUUCGGGUGGAAUUUUCAGCCGGAUGACCCGAACCGGGCCGGUCUCCACGAUGGCUCCGAUUUGACGGAAGGCUUCGGGUUCCAAGACCACGAAGACAGCAAUAAGAGCAGCCACCGCGCCUUGCAGAGCUCCGACCCGGCACUUCCUGUUGGGUCGGAGAGUAAAGUUGGAGACCUCACGGCAUCCAGUAAUCCUUCCGUGUCUUCUAGCUCCAGUGAGGAUCCGCCUGAGAAGUCCACUGGCUCCGGUGGAAAACCGCCCGAGAUACCGAACAAGGUUAGAAAGAAAGGGCAAAAACGAAUCCGGCAGCCGCGUUUUGCGUUUAUGACGAAGAGUGAAGUUGAUCAUCUCGAAGAUGGCUACCGAUGGCGCAAAUAUGGACAGAAGGCCGUAAAAAAUAGUCCAUUUCCUAGGAGCUACUACCGCUGCACAAAUAGCAGAUGCACCGUAAAGAAAAGAGUGGAACGCUCAUCUGAAGAUCCCACUAUCGUAAUAACUACAUAUGAAGGCCAACACUGCCAUCACACGGUCGGAUUCCCUCGAGGUGGAGUGAAUAUUAGUCAUGAGACCUUUACUGGGCAGUUGGCUCCUUCAGGAUCACAAUUUUAUUAUCCAGCUGUUCAGUUACCUCAACAAAGUCCUUUUCGUAUGAUACAGUCUCAACAGAUAGCAGCAGGUGAAUCCCAUUCGAUGCCCGAACCAACCUGCCCACAGUUUCCCACUGAUGAAGGAUUACUUGGGGACAUGGUGCCUCCUAACAUGCGUAACAGAUGAGAAGGCCGGGCAUGCAGUAGCGGGAAUGGAUCGGACACGUCCAUCUUGUCAAGAUGGUAACAACCCGAAGCAAUUUUCAAGGCGCUCUGGUAAUCCUUUUUUCUGUCAAAUAUUAAUUUAGUGCCUGCACCUCAUCAUAUUCACGGGCGUAAGUACCCAGGUAUUGAUGAUAAUUGAGCAUGAGAUUUAUUCCAGACCGUCAUUAAUUUUGUAGUUGAUUAUAAUUAAUAUGUACAUAAUUUCCUCGAAAAACUGAUCUUGUAUAUAGGGUAACUUUUGUUUUGUUUUUUCAUUUUGGUUAGGUUUACAGCAGAUUCAAUCUUAGAGUUAGAUCUAGAUGGAUCUGAACCUUAAACCAUCUUCAUUCGUAUCGCUAUUUUUUUUUUUUAUCAUUAAUUAUUUUUGUUCAGACUAUAAAGUAAAAGUGACUGGCUGUUUUUUGGUC